AUGAAGACCACAUGCCUGGUCUCUUUGGCGCUUUUAGCCGUUGCUAAUGCUGUGCCCGCGUCCGUAAACAGACAGGAUUCUUACGACAAUGGUUUCGACUCUUGCGCUGUGACUUGUAAAGGUGAAGGCAAGAAGUUUUCCUACACUCCGGCAACCACUUACAUCUAUGACUACACAGUGGACACAGAAACGUCUAUGGCCGGCGCUUCUGAAGAAUCGGCCAAACUUUCUAUUCAGGCACGUGCAGAAAUCCAGUCACUGGAUGGGUGCGACUUUGCUCUGUUGCUGAAAGAUGUCAGGGUGUCUCACACUGAUGCUUACACAAGUGGCUUGAGGCCUGCAGAUAGGGAGGAGGAGGUACAGAGAGCACUUGAAGGCUCAAACCUACACUUUUCAUUUGAUGAUGGUCUCAUCUCCUCAAUCUGCCCUGAAAGUGAGGAAAGUACCUGGGCCCUCAACUUCAAGCGUGGCUUGCUCACAGCUUUCCAAAACAGCAUGGAGAACUUGGACAAAGAUCACAAAGUCUCUGAGGUUGAUGUGAGUGGCAAGUGUGAGGCUGAGUUUACUGUGGCCCCGACUGUCUGGGGUUGGAAGAAGGAGACCAAAGUCACCAAGACCAAGAACUUGCUAGCAUGUUCCCAGAGAGAUGGCUAUCAGAGCAUGUACCAGACCGUACCCUACACUAUUGCCUCUGAGAUCCAGUCUUUGCCCAUCCUGAAGGGCACCCACAAAUGUGAUUACGUCAUUGGCGCCAGCAAGAUCCUUGAGUCUGCCUCCUGUGAGGAGACUCAUCUCUAUGUGCCUUUCUCCAACAGUGAGAGUGGCGGCAAGACCAGAGUCCAGCAGAAACUGUUGCUGAAGAGUCAGAGGCAGGGAGUGGAUGCAGUUAUAGGCCCUGUGAAAUUACGCUAUGAUCUUAUUUUUGACCAUGAUGACAUCAAAGAUCAGCUUCACAAUGGCCCUGAGGCUUUAGAGCAGAAGUUGAAAGAGAUUUGUGACCAGACCCAUGAUGAUAUCAGACCUGAGACACCGCGACUGUUCUCUGAGCUUGUGCAGAUAAUCAAAAUUCUAAACAAGCCAGAUCUGGAGAGAGCACACAAGCUGGUCAAAAACAAGAUGAUCUGUCCCAAGAAUGGCAGAACACUCAAAUUUUUCCUGGAUGCUCUACCAGCCGCUGAAACAGCUGGGGCAGUUUCUCUGAUGACAACACUGGUGACAGGUCAACAGGUUGAAGGAGCUCUGGCUAAAGCGUGGCUGGCUUCCCUUCCCUUGAUUCAGGGACCAACCUCCAGCAUGAUUGAAGAUGGCUUGAAACUUUUGCAAGAUCCAUCAUCAACUGAUGCACUUCUGCCUGUGACAGCUCUAGUCAACAGAUACUGUCAACGAGUCAGCAGUUGUGACAGUGAUUACUAUGUCAGUCAGAUCCUGUCAUUGCUGACAAGCAGAAUUCCUGACUACUGCAGUAUUGAUGACAAAAACUUGAAGAGUGUCCUUGUAACACUGAGAGCUAUGGGAAAUCUUGGGCACAGUGCACUGACCUCCUCCAUUGACAAAUGCUUAAGUUCCACGUCUGCUCCACUAGAUAUCAAGGUUGCAGCAGCUGAUGCCUACAGGCGGGUUCCCUGUGAUACGUCGCUUAACCAGAGAGAUGGUGUCCUGUGGACCGUCCUACAGGACACUACCCAGGACCAGAGCUAA